AGAAGGACGCCACCGACGUGAGAUGUGCCAGUGGUGAGCCCCCCAUCAUCGCCAAACCCGACAAGAUCGUGGGAGUUAUAGGUGCCUCUGGAAGUUCCGUCUCUAUCAUGGUCGCCAACAUCCUGAGACUUUUUAAGAUCCCUCAGAUCAGCUAUGCAUCAACUGCUCCUGAGCUGAGUGACAACAGCCGAUAUGACUUCUUCUCCCGCGUGGUUCCUCCUGACUCGUACCAAGUUCAAGCAAUGGUGGAUAUUGUUACAGCCCUUGGAUGGAAUUACGUCUCUACUCUAGCCUCUGAGGGUAACUAUGGAGAAAGUGGCGUAGAGGCAUUUAUGCAGUUCUCAAGGGAAACUGGUAAGGUUUGCAUUGCCCAGUCACUGAAAAUCCCUCGGGAGCCAAGACCAGGAGAAUUUGACAAAAUUAUCAAGCGCUUGCUGGAAACCCCCAAUGCUCGUGGAAUAAUUAUAUUUGCAAACGAAGAUGACAUCAGCCGUUUACUGGAGGCCGCCAAAAGAUCCAAUCAGACAAAGCACUUCCUCUGGGUCGCUUCUGACAGCUGGGGUUCAAAGGUUGCACCCGUCCACCUGCAAGAAGAGGUUGCUGAAGGGGCUGUCACAGUCCUUCCCAAGAGAGCCUCAAUUGAAGGCUUUGACAGAUACUUCAGAAGCCGUACUUUGGAGAACAACAGGAGAAAUGUCUGGUUUGCUGAGUUCUGGGAGGAAAACUUCAAUUGUAAAUUAAGCUGGCAUGGGAAGCGAAAUAGCAAGGUCAAGAAAUGCACAGGAUUGGAAAGAAUCGGAAGGGACUCAUCGUAUGAACAGGAGGGGAAAGUGCAGUUUGUCAUUGAUGCUGUAUACUCCAUGGCACAUGCAUUGCACAAUAUGCACAAAGAAUUGUGCCCUGGUUAUGUUGGUCUCUGCCCUUCAAUGAACUCCAUAGAUGGCAAGGAAUUGCUUCACUUCAUUCGAGCUGUAAACUUCAGUGGAAGUGCUGGCACGCCUGUGACGUUCAAUGAAAAUGGGGAUGCUCCUGGGCGAUAUGACAUCUACCAAUACCAGAUCGUCAAUAUGUCGUCUCACGGGUACAGGGUUAUCGGACAGUGGACUGACCACCUUCAUUUGAACGUGAAGGACAUGCAGUGGGGCAGAGGAGGACCGGCCAUUCCACAGUCAGUCUGCAGCCUGCCGUGCAAGGCUGGUGAGAGGAAGAAGACAGUGAAGGGUGUGCCGUGCUGUUGGCACUGUGAGCGCUGUGAAGGCUACCAGUACCAGAUCGACGAAUCAACCUGUCAGAUGUGUCCAUUCAAUAGGAGACCCAACGCAAAUGGCACAGACUGUCAGCUUAUCCCCAUAGUCAAACUAGAAUGGCAUUCUCCUUGGGCGAUCGUCCCUGUCUUCAUAGCGAUACUUGGAAUCAUAGCCACCACGUUUGUCAUAACGACCUUUAUUCGUCAUAACGACACACCGAUAGUAAGGGCAUCUGGCAGAGAGCUAAGCUAUGUCUUGCUGACUGGAAUAUUCUUGUGCUAUGCUGUAACCUUCCUAAUGAUUGCAACUCCCGAUAUAGUUCUUUGUUCCUUCCGGCGAAUCUUCUUAGGGCUGGGCAUGUGCAUUAGCUAUGCAGCACUGCUCACCAAGACUAACAGAAUUCACAGAAUAUUUGAACAAGGUAAGACAUCUGUCUCUGCUCCCAGGUUUAUCAGCCCAGCUUCCCAGCUGGUAAUCACUUUUAGCCUCAUCUCUCUGCAGCUCCUGGGAGUCUUUAUCUGGUUUGCUGUUGAUCCUCCGCACACCAUUGUAGACUAUGGGGAACAGCGAACAGUUGAUCCAGAAAAUGCCAGGGGCAUUCUCAAAUGUGACAUUUCUGACCUUUCUCUCAUCUGUUCCCUGGGAUACAGCAUUCUGCUGAUGGUCACAUGUACUGUGUAUGCAAUUAAAACCAGAGGGGUUCCAGAGACCUUCAACGAAGCCAAACCCAUUGGGUUUACCAUGUACACCACCUGCAUAAUUUGGUUAGCUUUUAUUCCAAUAUUUUUUGGCACAGCCCAGUCUGCAGAAAGGAUGUACAUUCAGACAACAACCCUUACUAUUUCCAUGAGUUUAAGUGCUUCUGUAUCUCUAGGCAUGCUGUACAUGCCUAAGGUUUACAUUAUCAUCUUCCAUCCAGAGCAGAAUGUGCAAAAACGCAAGCGUAGCUUCAAGGCAGUGGUGACGGCAGCCACAAUGUCAAGCAAGCUGUCACAAAAAUCAAGUGACAGACCAAAUGGAGAGGUCAAAACUGAACUCUGUGAAAGCCUAGAAACUAACACUUCUUCUACCAAGACCACAUAUAUCAGCUAUAGCAACCAUGCAAACUGACCUGAUUGCUGAAGAGCCUGCAGUAGUCCAACGGGACUGCAUGUAUGAAAACGACCCUCGCGUCCCAUCAUUUGGAAAGCGCUCUGGAGAGUACGGCCUGCCCAUGGCAGAAGGAAGAGCAGCCCCCAGCUCAACAGAGUGAGAUGGCCCCCUGUGUAUUCCGAGACACAGGCUCCAGUGACAAGGAAGACACACACGGGUCAUCGUGCGCUUGACAGUUUUGUCAGUGAGGAUUGUGGGCCAGAGUGAACCCAUGCCUGUUGUUCUAAUUGUAAGUUUUGUGAUUGUGCAAAUUCUAUCCUUGUUCUACUUAGUAUUGAGAGGCUCCUGUGCCCUGAGUAAUGCAAUAAACAGGGCGUUGUAUGUACCGACCAAAUGGAUCACAGCGUUGCGUGGCGACAAAUAAAUGCAAGGA